AUGAAGGCAGCUGCUCUAGUAGCACCAGGAGAAUUUAAGUACUUACCGGAUUAUUUCGACAUUCCAAGACCUUAACCUGGCGAGGUAUUGAUAAAAGUAGAGGCUUCAUGCAUCGUAGCAUCUGAUAAGCAUACUAUGAGUGGCAAAUAUUCGAAGUUUAUUAACUAUAAGUAUCCCAUGAUACUUGGUUUUGAAGGGAGUGGAAUUGUUAUUGAAAAUGGUGGUGGUUUACUAGGUUGGAGACUUGUCGGCAAAAGAGUUAGUUUUAUUAAGCCAUCUGCUAAUCCGACAGACUUCACUUAACAAGGAUCAUUUGCUGAAUACAUUAUCACAAGCUCUAUGAGUUGUAACCCAUUGACUGAUGACAUAAGUUUUGAUCAAGGAGCAAAUAAUUUUGUGAAUCCAAUGACAACCCUGGGUUUAAUGGACUACUGUAAAUGGAAUGGAGUAAUUGCAGGCGCUUAGACUGGAGCUAUGUCUCAAUGUGGAAGAUACUUGGACAAACUUUUUAGAGACAGAGGUAUUCCUAUGAUCAAUAUUGUUAGAAAGCAAGAUUAAAUUGAGUAGCUUAAAACAGAAUAUGGCUGUCAAUAUGUCCUAAAUUCUGAAAGCCCCAAUUUCUAGCAAGAAUUGAAUGAGAUGUGCAAAACAUUAAAAGUGAAUGUUAUCAUUGAUUGUGUAGCAGGUUCUAUGUAAAUUGCUUAAUUUUUUGAAAAGCCUUCGACAAAAUAUAAUAUGUAUUGUCUGGGAUUGAACCAAAUCAUAUGCUCUGGAAAAAUGUUAAGAUCAUUCCAUUUCUAUUGCCCUAUUGGAUUGAGUAAAAAUAUAUCUGGUAGUUUGCUGGAUUAUUUAAACAGAUUAACACAUUUAGAUCAGAAUAAAAACUCUCAAAAUCUUUUGGACUUCACUAGAUUUAAGAAGCAUAUGAUUAUUAUCUUGAACAUUCAAGUGAAGGAAAAAUUUUGA